CAACAUGGCGCCGUCGCCGCCGCUGUCGUUGUGGACGUUGGUCGAGCUCGAGCCCGGGGCCGUUGAUUUGGGACCAAGUUUAAGUUAACGGCGGAAUUAAAAUCAUAAAUUAAACCUACAAAAGAUAGAAAAUUAUAAAAUCAAACGGACGGUACCGAGGGAGGAAGGGAGGAGAGGAGAGGAGGAAGAAGAGAACAUAGACCCGGAGAUAGAAUAAAAUAAAACAAAUAAACCCUCGGCACCGGGGCGUGAUAAACAUUUAAAAUUAUUAUUAUUAUUAAUAAUAAUAAUAAUUAUCAUGGACUUAUUCAGUUGGUUAAAUUCGGUUCAGGUGGAAAUUAGUCAGUGUUUAGGGGGUGGGGAUGGAGCCCCAGGCUCAGUGUCUUUAAAGACGAAUAUUUUAUGAUUAAUAUAAACUGUUCAAGAAUUGAUUUAUAAUUAAAAAAAAAAGAAUCAAGCACAGGGAGAGAGAAAGGGGAGGAAAUACUGUCCCUAGAAUUCACCCUGGAAAGGCAGGAGCAGCUCAGGAAUCUAGAACACUGGGUCGCAGCCUCAGGAUAAAAGGACCGAUCAUUUAGGACUGAGUUUUGAAGACAGCACUUGGAUUGUAAAGGUGACUUGGCAAAAUGGACAUUGGCAGGAUGGACAGCGAGGCUGAUGGUAGUGGGCCAGCUGCUGACUCUAUCUCAGUCUCCUCCCUAAAACUGAAUGGUGAUAACUCGGAGUUAGAGGAUGACGAAGGCGAGGGCUUGAACUGUGAUAAUGGUGAUCUGGAAGUCAAUCCUUUUGAUGGGUUACCUUUUUCCUCGCGGUACUACGAGCUACUAAAACGGAGAAAAGCUCUGCCAGUCUGGAGUAUCAAGUACUACUUCAUGGAAAGCCUUGUUAACAAUAAUGUGGUACUGGUUUCUGGCAAACUGGGAUGUGGCAAAAGUACUCAGAUUUCCCAGUGGUGUGCUGAGUAUGCCCUCUCGGUUCAGUACCAACAUGGCAUGGUGGUCUGCACACAACCUCAUGGCCUGUCCGCUAUGUGUUUGGCGCAGCGUGUGGCAGAUGAACUGGACUUAAAUGUGGGUCAUGAGAUUGGAUAUCAUGUCCCUUAUGAAGACUGCUGCACGACAGAAACUAUUCUCAGAUACUGCACAGAUAAUAUAUUGCUCUGUGAAAUGAUGUCUGAUCCCUUGUUGCAUCACUACGGAGUUAUAAUUAUUGACGAGGCCCAUGAGCGGACAGUGGCAAGUGAUGUCCUGCUCGGUUUAUUGAAAGACUUGCCAAGGCAAAGGCCAGAGUUGAAGGUUGUGGUCAUCACAGCGCCAUAUCUGGAGGGCAGACUUGGGAGUUACUAUGCUGGUGUGCCUUUUGUAAAAGUGGAGGAUGCUGCAGAAAAUUCCUUUCCUGUGGAAGUUAUAUACAGAGAUGGCCAGUUUAAGGACCGUGUUUCAGCUGCUGCUCAAACUGUACUGGAUAUACACAGGAAGGGAGAAGAGGGCAACAUUUUAGUUUUCUUGGCCAGUGAAAAGGAGAUAAAAGACUGUUGUCAAGCUAUACGGACAGAAGGGGGUGCUAUUGGGUCUCAGUUGGGUGAGCUCAUUCCUAUUCCAUUACAUUCUGGCAUCGGAAGCAACUUCCAAAAAAUUUAUGAAAAUUGCAGCCAGAAAUUCGAGGAUUACCGGAGGAAGAUUAUCAUUGCAGACUCGUUAGCAGAUUCUUCAUUUGCUAUUGAUGUCACUUAUGUAAUAGACUCUGGAAUGGAACAGAAAAAUGUGUACAAUCCUCGCAUUCGGGCUGAUUCUCAGGUUGUUCAACCAAUUAGUAAGAGCCAGGCUGAGCUAAGGUGGCAGAGAUUAGGCCACAUCUGCCCAGGGAAGUGCUUCCGCUUGUACUCCAAAGCAUUCCACAAUGACAUGCCAGAUGUUCCACCACCUCGGGUGUCUGAAACAAACCUCAGUCACCUGGUGCUUCUGCUGAAGAGGCUAGAUAUUGCGGAUAUGGGACAGUGUGACUUUUUGGAUAGGCCAGCCCCAGAGGCACUGAUGCAGGCACUGGAGGAUCUAGAUUAUUUGGCUGCUCUGGAUGAUGAUGGGAACCUGUCAGAAGUUGGAAUCAUUAUGUCUGAAUUCCCACUGGACCCUCAACUUGCCAAAGCUCUUCUUGCAUCCUGUGAAUUUGAUUGUGUGAAUGAGAUGUUAACAAUUGCUGCAAUGGUAAUAGCAUCGCCAUGUUUUGUUGCACCACCCAAACAUUUAGAGGAAGCUGCAACCAUACGCAGGAGAGUUCUUCUACAUCCCGAGGGUGAUCAUUUUACUCUGAUCAAUGUCUACAAUGCGUUCAAACAACAUAAUGAAGAUGAAACAUGGUGUCUGAAGAAUUAUCUGAGUUAUUCUGCUCUGAAGCUGGCUGACAUUGUCCGCUAUGAAUUGUUGGAGCUAAUGCAAAGGAUUGAGCUGCCUGUAUCACCACCGAACUUCGGAAUGGAGGAAAAUGUGCUUAACAUAAAGAAAGCUCUGAUCUCCGGCUACUUCCUUAAGGUAGCAAGAGACGUGGAUGGCUCUGGGAAUUACCUGAUGCUGAAUCAUAAGCAUGUGGCUCACUUGCAUCCUUUAUCAUGUUACCUCACCAGGAAGCCUCGGCCCCGGCCUCCCUCCUGGGUCCUUUAUCACGAGUUUACCAUUUUCCAAGACAACUGCAUCAGCGUUGUUUCUGAGAUUAAUCCGGAAAUGCUGAUUGAGUUUGCGCCACAGUACUACCUUAGCAAUCUACCAGCCAGUGAGAGCCGCGACCUGCUCAUGAAGCUUCGGGAGAAGCUGACUGGCACAGAAACACAGCAAGACGAAGAGGCAGAAGAAUCCCUGAAGGAAGAUGAAGACGCAGAAGAGGUUGAAAAUGAGGAGCUCUGCUUACUUCAGUGAAUGGGAAGAAAAGCAGUCGAACCUGGAUGGGCAAAGGGACCAGUGACUAACGAUAGCUGGUCAUUGAACCUCCUCGUAUACGGCAUGGGAACCAGAUCCAGCAUUUAAACAGAAUCACCACUUUCUUCUUGAGAGGAACCAGAGGAGAAAAUGAGGAGAAUUUUUUUCUUGCUCAGUGAAUUAUGAUUUGGAAUGCACUACCUGAAAGGAUGGUAAAAACAGAUUCAGCAGUAACUUUGAAAAGGAAUUUAGAUCUAUUCUUGAAAAGGAAAACAUUGGGGAAAGAGCAGAGGAGUGAGUCUAAUUGGAUAGCUUUUGCAAGGAGCAGAGACAAUGGACUGAAUGACCUCCCGCACAGCUGUAUAAUUUUUUGAUUCUGGUCAGAAGGUAUUUUGCUUCACCAGUUAGUGAGUCACUUUCAAUGGCAAGGACUCCCCUGACCUGUCUUUGUCCAUUCUCCUCCAAGGGGUGUAUGGAUGAUGUAGUGGGUUGAUAUACUCUCCUUUCACCUGCUGGAACUCAGCACAGAAUGCAUGUAAAAGUACAUGUAAUGCAUAUAAGGUGAAAUUAAUUUGGGCAGUCGAAACCCAUUUUCAGUGUGAGCGUAGAAUUACCUAUAACAUGGUAGUGUCACUCCAGGGUGACAGCUGUAGAAAUAGCCAAAUGCUGUAUGGAUAUAGCAGCGGGUACUGUACUGAGAUUGGCACUUAGGCAAAUAUUUGGUUCAGCAUAGAGGCAACUUUACCCUGUGGCUCACGAUACUGUACCUUCUGCUCAAGUAUAUGAUGUUAGCAAUUGGAAAGUGUUCCAUUUCCCAAUGCUAGCAUCCCUCACCAUGAGCAAAAAAUAAAGAAACUCUUUAAAAUAAAAAAGUCACCACGGGCACAAAGAUAUGAGAUUUAAAGAAUCUUCAAACCUCUCCAUUAAUUCUCUUAAAAGGAUGUCAGAUUAUUACUGGAAAAGGAGUACUUCAGGGUAUGGGGAUUGAGCAAAGAUUAGAUUAGAUGGUUGAUUAUGUGAAAAACAUCACAAGUUUGAUUUACUGAAUGGCUUUUUUUGUGUGCUGUAACACUCCCCACCACCAUUUUUGGGUGGGCUAUCCCUUAUUCUAUUUAAGAGUUGAAUAGUGCAACUAGCCAUCAAGCCUCAUCUCUACCAUGGAAAGAUUCGAGCGCAGGUGUGUGCAUGGGUGUGGGGUGUCUGCCUGCGAGUGUCUGCUUGUGUGCAUAUCUGUGUGUGUGUGUGUCUUUCUCUGUGUCUGUGGGUGUGCCCAUCUGUGAGUGUGUCCUUGUGUUUGUGCAUGUGCAUGUGUGUGUAUGUGUCUGCAUGCUUGUGCAUAUUUGGAAACCCAAAUCAGUAAGUUUGACCCUUGCAGAUUGCAUGAAAGGCAAGUAAAGCUUGGUCAAAAGUAAUACAAUAGCAUAUGGAGUAUAAUGCAAUGUUUGUCUUUUUAAAAGCUUGGGCACUACAUUGAUUAUAUAGUUACUAGGAAUUAUGUUGUGUGCCUGGAUUAUAACUUUCUCCUUUAUCAUUUUUAUAAAGUUUUACGUUGUUCUCGUUUUCACAGUCUCAUGCAUGCAGGCAACAGACAAUGUGAAAAUCUUGCACUUGUAGAACACUAAGCUCACUGGAAUGCUGAGCAAGCUGGGACCAGUUGUGGGGCAAACAAAGCCAAGUUAUAUGUUGUGUCUACUUAAUUCUCUAACUUCUGAAAAUUGUUGCAAGUGCAAUGUCUAAAUAAAGCUCAGCAUUAGAACAAAAUGAAAAUUUCACGUCCCAGCCAGCAAAUUGCAUAUUCCACUCUCGCAGGUCUAAAAACAGAUAUGCUCAACGUUGCAGGCACCUUUGCUCGUGAGGAACAUUAGCACGCUACUGAAUUGGUUACUCUGCCCAUGCUCAUUCUGCAUAUCUAUACAGUUUUCUACAGUUGCAUUCUGAGCAAGUGACUGAUAAGUUGCAGUUUCCCAGUAACUUUCGAUGUGUAGAGUUCGUCUUUCCAAUGUUUUUUUUCACUGCUCAGCUGCGUCUUGAACAUGGAACAAAGGUUGAUGGGAGAACAGUACAGUGCCCUGUUUAUUGCAGGUCUAAACUGCUAAUAUUUUUUUGUUUAUAUGCUUUUUCCUAGCCUAAACUUCAACUGAAAAACAAAAUUGAGAAUUCUGGAAUUCAGCCAGUGGUAGCCAACACCAGAGCAUGUUUUUGUGUUGUGUUUCAAGAUUUUAGACUAUACUCUUAAAUUGCAAAUGUGAGGGUUUUUUCCCCCCCCCUUUUGAGUGUGCGACUGUGUACUUAGGGCUCUAGAUUUUUUUCACUUCUCAUUGCAGCUGAAAUAGGAUUUUUGAACGAACCUGAGAUACUCUUUACCUUCAGGUUUCUAGAAGGCACUACCACAAAAGGCAGUUUGGGAUGAGUAAAUCACUGAUAAUAAAUUGACCAAUCCUCUUUCUGCUAGCAGAUAAACACACAGACCUGUUGCUAUGCAGACUAAAAGUGCCAAGUUUGAUUCUGCAGGCUGUGUUCAGUUAGCUGCUCUCAGGCAGGAUACCAACUUGUGGCCUGAGUACCCAAGAUUAAGGAGGAUGAAAAAUAUUAACUGCAGUUCCCACUCUUGGUCGCUAUCUUGAUCAAGAAAAUGGAUAUUGGAUAAGAACAGGACUAGGCUGAGCUUAUCGCUUGGCACAUGAACAGAUGCUGUCCAGGCUCACGUGAAGAAUGGCUGCUUUACUGAGUCAUUGGAAGACCGUCACCUGUGAAAUCUGAUCCUAGCAGAGGGUAGCAACCUCACAAGAAAAAAGGGAGAAAAUCAGAGCAAGGAUAACAAACAAUUAUUUUUAGAAAUUGGCAUCUUCAACUCUUGGUUGUAAUGACAAGAUCUAAAGUUUUAUCGUGGCAAACUUGAAUAAUAAUGAUUUUGUUUUAUUUCAUGAUUUUAAAAAGGGUGCUCUGGUGGGUUUUAACUAGUUAGUUUACCUCAUCCACAGUGCAGAUAUUAGCAUCUUAAAGUUGAAUGAAUCUACACAACAUUUAUAAUCAGCACGCUUAGUAGCUUCAGAAAACAUGUAGAAUUGGGGAUAUUUUUGGUGUGCUUUUUGAACAGAUCCUUAAUCAUUUCAUCUUGAAGGGGAAGAGAGAUCUGCAACUAAUUUAGAGGAUGGAUGGCCUCUUUGGCUGGUUUAAAACUGGGUGCUGGAGGGGUGGUGGAGUCUUCAAUAACAGCCCCACUGUAAAUUUGCCAGAUCCACGAAAUCCAGUUUGCUGGAAGUCAUAUUUUUGCCAGAUUUAGUGAAGUUGGCAAGUUUUCAAUGAGAUUGCUGCUUUAUGUGUCAGGGCUGGUGACAGUAGCAAAACUCUUAAGGCCAGUGGUACAUCAAUGGUCUGUAAACAGGAAUAGACGGAAGCUUCAAAUCUAGACAAUUAAGUGCUGUUGCAAAUUGCUAAGUGCCAAUUCAGAUAGCUCUUUUUUCUGAUAAUCGGAAUUUCUCAUAAAAAUUAACUGAGGUAAGGGAAGCUUUAAGGGUGUAUUUCAAAGCUGGGUUUCACUUUACCAUUUAGGCAGAAUAUACUGUUUUUAUCCUCCGGUAGGGAAAAGCUUGCACAUUUUUCAGUCAAGAAAAUAAAUCUUUUACUGUCUUCUGCACGUUGAUGUAGAUGUAGUAAUUCUCUUUACCAGGAAUGUUCAUUUAUUUCAAAUGAUUCUAUAACUACUUGACAGCUGAAGCAAUAAAUAUAUAGACACAUUUAUAUUGAGCCUUGUGUCUCAGAACUGUCGGAUACUGUGCUUCAAAUGCUAUAAAACUUUUCUCAUAAAGUAAGGGACACUUUAAAUGUAUGAGGAUUGUUUGUCAAACCUUAUUGGAGUUCUUGCCUUGGAGGAAAGUAAAAAUUUACAGGGAAAGAGCAAAUAAAUUAGGCUGGCAUCCUGUAAGACUACAAUCCUCCAUGUAACAAUACAUGUUCGCCAUUGAAGUGUUUAAUUUGCGAAUCACAAAGUAAUUUUAGUCAGUAAGAUCCGUAUGUAUUUAACACUAAAACCGGAUGAGUCAUAAGUAACCUGGAGCUUGUGUAAAGCUUCAAUUCCUUCUCCCAGUGAAAGCUUUAUAAUUUAUUUGAAAGGAUAGCACAGUUAUUAUGUUGUUUCUCUGCACUUAAUUUAAGGUGUUGGGGCUUUGUUUUUUCCUUAUGUAAUUUAUUUUCUAUACGAGUGCCAAUUGCACAGUUGAUAGGCAAGAUGUUGUGCUACUAUUGAUUUUGAAGCAAAUAGAAAAUAUAGGUGUUGCUGCUAUAUUUAUUUCUGAUUCACUUUCUCCCCUUAUCUCGAAUCCUGGUCUUGUAAGCACAAAUUUUAGAAACUUCCUUUUUACCGAGGAAGAAACUUGCUGUAAAAUUUAGUCGACUAUGAAAUUAUUGUACUUUUCUGAAUGUUGGACAAUAUUUAAAAUUAUGUAGAAAAUUUCAAUGGUGUCACCAAUGUCAAUUUUAAUGACUGCAAAGUAAAACUAAAAAUAGUCUUG